AUGUAUAUCCCCAACACCCAGUGGACCUGGGCCUUUGCCAUCGUUACGCUCGUCCAAACAGUCGUAGUGCUGGGUCUCGAAUGUUACGUCUUUGCCAACUUUCAAAUCCAAGAACAGCCCAACAACAUUCCCGCGUCAAAGACAAUCCCGACGUUCCUCGCCCUCUACAGUUUCGGUUUCAUCUACGAGCUGGUGCUGGUGUACGAUGCGUUGCGGAUGAAGAACACCAUUCAGAUCAUCGGACUGUGUCUGUGUAACGUGGGACUGCUGAUUUACGGAGCAGUGCAGGUGGAGCAGAUCAACACCGCGGUCACGGUCCUCCACCAAAGCCAUCGAAUCGCACUGGAAGUUUGGGGCGAAUCCAAGCCGUUCCUGGUCAUUAUUCCCUGCAUUGUCGGUAUUGGAAGCAUUUUGAUGACAUUUGUGGCGUGGAAACUGUACGACGAGUUCGCCUGGACCAUCUAUAAACACAUCAGCGCGGAUCUUCGCAUGAAGCGUCGGUACCUGACAUAUCAGAUUUACAUUGCGCUGCUGAAGUUCGAUUUCUUUUUCUUCCUUGGAUUUACGAUCCAGUUCUUGGUGGUCGUAUCAUCAGGCAAGCAUGAUGCGGAGUUCUACCUCACCAUCGUCGCCAUUCCGGUGACGAUCAUUAUCUUGGCCUGCGGUGCCUGGUUCGUUCGUCGGGAAUCAACCCCGGGCAUGAUCACCAUUAUCCUUCUUUUCUUCGCAGCCAUGGCCUAUUUCAUCUUCAAGUUGUACCGCAUGUAUGAUGAAGCCACCAUGGCGAAUUACUUGGCAGCCCGACCAUCGAUGACCUUCUUCGCCGUCAUCACCCUGAUCCUCAUUGUGAUCACCAUCAUCAACGCCUGCAUGUGCGUCAACAACUUCCAUCGUGGUCUGAAGCCUCAUAUCCAAAACAAGAAGCGUCGCACGGAGGAGAAGUCGACCGAGCUUUCCUCCAACGUCGACAGCCAGGUCCCCUCCCGGAUGAUGAUCGAUUGA